AUGGCUCUUCAAUUUCUAACACUACUUUUGGUUAUUCUGAUCAUUCUCUAUUAUCAUUACUUAUUUUGUAUUCGUCAAAAUUCAUCAGUAGUACCAACAUGUGUAUGUCGAAAUCAUUUAAAUGAACCUGUUGAUUGGUUUAUUAUAUAUAAAUUACCACGUCUUACACAUUCAAUUGAUCCAUUUGUUGCUAAUGGUACUGGUUAUAUCUAUUUGGAUAGUUCAUCAUCUUUAGAUAAAUGGCAAUUUUCAUCACAAAGUAUUGAUUCACCAUUAUCAUUAACUGGUUUAACAUUAGGACCAUUAUAUAAAUUAAAAGAAUAUUCAUAUAUAUUUUAUAAUGAUCAACCACCAAAUAAACCUGUUUCAUUGAUAUAUGGUCAUUCAAAAGGUGUAUUAGCAUUCAAUGAUAAUACACAAACAGGAUUUUGGCUUGUUCAUAGUGUUCCACAUUUUCCACAAAUCAUUGAAAAAGGUUAUGAAUAUCCAGAUUCAGGUCGUAUAUUCGGUCAAACGAUGUUGUGUAUAACACUUGAUAAUACUACUUCAUUGUCUGUAAAUUCGAUUGAUUUACUUUCUACUCAUUUUCUUUUUACACGUCCAUUGGUGUUUGAUUCCAAAUUAACUCCAUCAGCAACAAAUCGUUAUCCAAUUCUUGCAAAUAGUAUUAUAACAAAUAAAGGUCAUAUAAAUGAACCACCAUAUACCCGUUUUUAUCCAUUAAAUAGUUCUUCACUUAAAAUUCUUACAUUUGCUAAAUAUGGAUUAGCUAAUAUAGAUAUGUUAAGUGAAUUAAUAGUACCAUCUCUUCAUACAUCAAUGUUAAGUGAAACAUGGUCAAAUGGUAGACAAACGAAUUUACCAUCAAAUUGUACAGGUCAAUAUCAUACAGAAAAUAUUGAAAAACUUGCAUUUAAUUUCACGGUUCAUCAUGAUCAUUCGAAAUGGCUUGUAAGUAAUUAUGAUACAUGGACAUGUAUUGGUGAUAUGAAUCGACAAGCUGAACAAAAAGUUCGACAUGGUGGUUUUGCUUGUAUUAAUGAUAAACGCAUACAACAACGAUUUCGACAACUUGUUCUCAUGAUUGAACCAUGUCCAGCAGAUAAAAAAUAG